UCACAGAUCGCAGCGGGCGCGCGUGGAGAGGCGGCGGUGUCCGCGGCGCCUGGGGCCUGAGGAGGCGUCGUCCCCUCGGGCUUUGCCUGGGGAGCGCCUUGGGGCGGUGCGCCUCCGGCAGCUCAGGACGUAGUGCGGACCGCCGGGAGGACGGAUGUGAGCUUCUCCUACCUGGAAAAUCUUAAGUUCUUAGAAGUUUCACUGCACACCUGAGUUUCUCUCCCUGUCCACUGGUUUGCCUACAUUAACCUCUUGACCAGUUCUUAACUUUGACCAGGGUAUCCACCAUUCUACUUUUUGUUUCUUUACUGUUGCUUUGACUACUUUAGAUCAGGUGGCAGUUUAUAUAAAGAAAGCACUGGGACUGUGGCCACACCUUCAAGAAUAAAAAAAAAAAAAAUAGAAAAUGGAACAGCCAUGUAUGUUAUGUGAGGAAGAGCAAGAGCCAGACCCACAGCAGAACACAGAAGAAACCAAAAAAGUAGAUGAUGAAGAUGCUGAGCUCAUCUUUGUUGGGGUGGAACAUGUAAAUGACGAUGCUGAGCUGAUCUUUGUCGGGGUGACUUCAAAUUCAAAACCAGUUGUUUCAAAUAUUUUGAACAGAGUCACCCCAGGUUCAUGUUCAAGGAGAAAAAAGUAUGGUCACCUCAGAAAAGGUACUACUCACAAAUUACCGCCUAUAAGUCAUGUGACCUCUGUAUCAGAAGCAGUCACUGCCUUGCCAGUUUCUGAAUCUGAAUCAAGAUCAACAGAUAGUCCCAUUAUUAUUGAGCCUUUGUCUAAACCUGAUUUUAAAAGUAAUUCACAAAUUGUGCCUAAUAGCUGUUCGGAGUUAUGUUCUCCUUUGAUUACAUUCACAAAUUCAUUACAGCAUCCAGUAGGAGAAGCACUUUCUGUAGGAGAUAUGAAUAAAAGUCCUUGCAUAUCAAAGCAGCUUUCCACUGCUGAAGAAAAUGAUAUAAAUCCCAAAAGGCCUAAACUCAGCGACGGAAUCAUAGAGGGACAUGCUUCAGCUUUGUCCCCUUCAGGUAACUUUCAUACAAUGACUUCACAGCAAAGCACAGACUCAAACAGUGUUCAUACCUCAUUAAACCAUGUUCAGAAUGGACAUGACUUAGAACGGAGCCAUGGAGCCAUGGUUCAGAAUGGAGCACCUUUUGCAACUCCUUUUCCAAAGCACAGUGUCCAUUUUAAGCCUAUAAAUCCUGUAAAGGAAAAUAGACCGGCAAAAUCAGACUUUUUGAGUCUAGCAAGUGAAAACCAGGUUGUUGAUCCCAAGAAAGGAAGUCUGGUCAUAUUACUUCGUGACUUUUAUUAUGGGCAACAUAAAGGAGAUGGUCAGCCAGAACAGAAGACUCACACAACCUUUAAAUGCCUCAGCUGCUUGAAAAUUCUAAAAAAUGUCAAGUUUAUGAAUCACAUGAAGCACCAUCUGGAACUUGAGAAGCAGAGGGGUGACAGCUGGGAAAGCCACACCACCUGCCAGCACUGCCACCGACAGUUUCCCACUCCCUUCGAGCUGCAGUGUCACAUUGAAAGUGUACACACUACCCAGGAGCCUUCUGCUGUCUGUAAAAUUUGUGAAUUGUCAUUCAAAACAGAUCAGGUUCUCUUACAGCACAUGAAGGACAAUCAUAAGCCUGGCGAAAUGCCCUAUGUGUGCCAGGUUUGCAAUUACAGAUCAUCAGCCUUUGCUGAUGUGGAAACACAUUUCAGAAAAUGCCAUGAAAACACUAAGAAUUUGCUCUGCCCAUUCUGUCUCAAAAUUUUCAAAACUGCAACACCAUACAUGUGUCAUUAUAGGGGACACUGGGAAAAGAGUGUUCACCAGUGUUCCAAAUGCCGGCUACAGUUUUUAACUUUCAAGGAGAAAAUGGAGCAUAAGACCCAGUGUCAUCAAAUGUUUAAAAAGCCUAAGCAACUAGAGGGAUUGCCCCCUGAAACAAAGGUUGUUAUUCAGGUGUCACUGGGACCUCUUCAACCAGGAUCUGUGGAAGUAGCAUCCGUUACUGUGAGCACAUCUGAUUCUGAACCAUCAGCCCCCAAGUUUAAAAGUAGAAUUUCAAAAAAACCUCGUUAAUUCUAGUUUCAGUAAACCUAAAGCAGGUAUUUCAAAGUAAAAAAAAAUGCCAUAAAAAAAAAAAUACAAACCAUACAUUAUUUAGUAACAUCAAAAAUAGUGAAACCAAUGAGUCAUUGAUGAGUUUCUUUUUAAAUUCAUGAAAUACAGUAUUGUCUGAUCUGAAUUUUGAGAUGUUAUUUAAAAAUUUGUUACCUGGUUUUCAUGUACUGUAUCUGGCUUAACACAUAGAAGAUGUUUUGUGUAUGUGUGUGUCUGAGAGAAGAAAGUGGAUACCUAUUUAUUAUUUUGAUAUUUCAUGUUACUUGUAAGUUUGAAAGCUCUAAUUUCUGUAUAUAGAACCUAUAGAGUUUUUUCUUAAGUACUUAAUUUUAUCUUCAACUUUUUCCCUGCCUUGAAGAUUUCAAUAUUAACUCUAGUCAGACUUGAAUGACUUUGUUACAUCGUGGUCCCAUUUGCUGGUGAGCUCCCCAAAGUGUCUGUCUUGAGCUGAUCUAAAGUAAUCUGAUUCUGAGACCCUGAGUGUGGAGAAGUUGAGGAACAAGGUGUGGCAUGAAUGGGAACCAGAAACUGAACUGAGAGGUUAAUCACUGGAGAGCAGUGGCUUCCAGCGGCUUCUUAUUCGGGUUGAGGGCAUGUGCUCACACAUACACACACACACACAUUCACUCUAGUCUUGGAGCCAAGGCAGUAGGAACACUGUCUCAGAGUGUCUUUUUUUUUUUUUUUUUUUUUACCACAAGAACAUCCAAGGAAGCAAAACUAUUAAAAUGCUUUGCAUUUUGGCAAGGAACUUGGCAAGAAAUCUCUGCAGACAUGAAACAAUCACUGUAUCAGCUGGCUUCAGAUGGAAAAGCAGGGGUAAUGAAUAGAAUGGGGUCUGGUGCCAGUGAACCUCCUGUUUAGUGAUCCAAAAGGGAAUUCAAUUUGUUCCCUUCCCUCUCCCUUCUGGCUGGCUUUAUACCUUUCAGUCAGAACAGUAAACCAAGUAGAAUUUCUCAAGGGAAAGAAUCCCUGACAUCCAUAGUUUGAACUGCACUGGACCCAUAAUUUGAACUGAAAAGGGCCAAACAAAUGGUAUUUAUCUAGUUCAAGGACUAGGCUAAAUUUAGUUUUCUUACUAUUAAGCUGGAGUGGCGGUUGUCCAAGAAUCGUAGGUACAGUGGAUAAAAGCAGCCCAUGGUGACUGAGUAAAAUUAAGCACAUUAUAGGGCUUUUCCUUAUAUUUUUCCCAUGUACACGUAUCUUAGCCCAGUUGAACAUGUGAAAUCUGCAAUUGUGUUUCUUGCCUUAGACAUGAAUGUAUUACAGUUAACAGCUAUUUUAUGUUGUGUGUAUAAUUUUCCCUUAUUAACCUAGUUGAAUUUAAAGUCGUCCUUGACACAAUCUGGUGUAUAAGAAAUGUCCAGUUAUUUCAUUAGGUAUUAGAUCUUAGAGUUAUUGCUCUUCAACUAAUCUAUCCAGCUGUCUAAUCCUUGACUAUGCUGUGGGGGAGAACCUUUUCCCCUUGCUAUUUCCAAGGACUUUCACAUAACUAGAGUGCUCUCUGAGGAUUGGUUCCUGAACAUCAACCCUUGGCUUUCUGUGGGUUCCCAGGACUGAAUCUCCCGGGUAGCUAGUGCCAUCCUUUCUUUCACCACCUGGACUCAUGUACUGAGAAGCAUCUGUACAUGACUUAAGGAAUCCAAGAUGUUGUCCAUAUACCUGAGCAAGGAGAAAUUCCAUUAUUUUCCCCUUGCUUUCUCCUCUUUUUUAAUGGUACAUUGUCUCUCCCCAUUUCUUUCUUACUUCUCAAUCUUGUUAAAUUACCUAAGCUUUCUUUCACAGAAAGCUGGGAAGUGAUAGUCGUCAGAAGCUUAGAUCCCUUCUAGAAUUGGGAAGGAGGACAUAACAAACAAGUAGUUGUGAGUUUAUUAUCUAUGUUUUAAAGUAUUUCCCAAGUGUAGAUUCUCUUGUAUUUAUUUGCUCAAUGCUUGAUUGAUUGAUUUGCACCUUGAACAUUUUACUAGGCCUUUUUAUUAGUUUGCUUGGGCCAAGGCACUUUGUUAAUAUUUUAGCCUGAACCUAUUUCUUUAGGUGGACAGAGAGAGUGUGUAUGUGUGAGUGAAUGAGUGUGUGUGUGUGUGUGUGUGUGUGUGUGCGCGCUUGCUCAUCAUUUUAGUCUCAGGUGGAAACUUGUGUAUAAAUAGAUAUGCAGACUUUUGCAUACUUAUCUCCCUAUUCUGUUCCUAUAACAGAAAUUCUGUCUUAAAAACAGUGAAAAUAUGAAAUAUCUUAGUUCUGUCUUUUUGUGGUUGCUUGGUAUUAUCAACACUGUUAACUCUUGUUUGCUGUUUACCUAAAGUAUGGCCCUAAGGAGUACAAAUUGUUAUUUAUUGCCAACUACAGGUUUGGUGUUAUGGCCCCUGUCUACCUCCUCUUGCUUUUCCAUUCUCUGCCAUGCUACUCAACCAUUUUUCCCACUGGUGCACUAUUUUUGACACACUGGCCUUGCUUUUCUUUAAGCAAAUCACAUUUUUUUUUCCUGUUCCAAAGACUUUGUGACUGCUCUUCUCUUAGAAUGCUUUUCUCCUAGGCCUGCAUGGCUUGCUACCUCGCUUAAUUGUUUGGUACUUCCUUUGGUUUAUUGAACUUCACCAGUGUUCUUAAAAGAUACUGACAAUGAAAUCUCCCUCCACCUUCUUACUCCUUCUCCUUUUAAAGGCACUUUAAGCCUCCCCACUCCCUUUUCCCUCUCCAAUCUGGUUAAAUUUCCUAGGUUUUCACAAAAAGCUAGGAAGAGAUAAUCACCCAAAGCUUUGCUUCUCUUAGAAUUGAGCUAGCUUGAGUCAAUUUUCUGUGCCUGUAAUCAAAAGAAACUGAAUAUAGUGAGUUCAGUUCUUUCAGGAGCUUUCUCUGUUUUUCUAUUGAUACCUCUCUAUUUUUUUAAGGCGAUGUCACUUUGUUCUGUUUACAAAUAUAUUCAAUAUCUGUCAAGAUUACUAUUUUGUUAUUACCCUUUGUGAAUUUCCAUGUCUACUUUGCUUGCUUGUUCUUUCAGAUGAAAUUUAUUAUUUUGUUAAUGUUGCCAAAAAUUGUAAGUAAAAUAGCAAUUGUAGUAAUAAAAUUUUUUUGAAAAAAAAAAGUUUCA